GUAGGCUUUGAGGGUAGCACGGUUUUUAUGUAUCAGGGUAGCAGAGCAAGCAAAAUUUCAAAAAAAUUUACAAAACACACAUCACACUACUUCAAAAUUACUAGUAUUACAAAUUCCGAACAGGAACUACUGUAGGCCGGGGCAAAUACAAGGGCAGGAGCCGGUUUUGUCGGUCACCGAGAACUUCCAGGGAACUCCAUGGACAGAAGCCAAAAGUCAGAGGAAGUCUUUAUUCAGUCAAUGUCCAGCAGUAGUCGUCGCGUCAUGUGGAAGCUCAAUGAUGAGGAGGAGACCUUCGAAUCCUUGGUCAACUACCGCCGCGUCCCGGCCCGCAGCGUGUGCGUGGCUGUGCAGCAGUCUAGCGGUCGCGCUGUGGCCCCGGCCGAGCCUGAGCAGCCCUCCAGGAAGCGCACUGCGAGCGAGAACUGGUUGAUGCUUCUGCGCGAAUUGCGCAAAAAGAAAGCUACCAUCAGAGAGCGGGAGCAGAGCAAGAAAGCGUCCAGUAUCCACGAGUCGGCUUGGAAGCACAAUCACCUGUCAGCCACAUCGCUACCGGAGGUUAAGGAGCCCUCUGUAAAAGAGCGAGCGGAUGCUUACUGGCAGAGACUCUUUACCGGAAUGUCCAAGCGGCGGGCGGAUGAGAAGGAGGUGGCGAGUACGGGCGCCGAUCAGGAGGAUCCGGCGGACAUUGCUCUGACCGUGAAACCCAGUUUGGCGCUCCGUUACAAGCCCUCCCACGAGUCCCUCAAAUACAAGCGUAGUAAGGACCUUGGGUCAGAACGUCUUCAGAGCACCUCUAGGGGAUCUACGAAAGUGGUGACUGAUCUCAAGUUGGAGUCCUUUUGCCUGCCCCCCCAGCAAACGUGCGUGGUCCGCGAAGUGGCACCCAAAUUCGCUCAACGAAUGCGAAUGUCACUAACCAAUGACACCGAUUCUUGCUGCUCCGGGGAUCUGGAUGUCCCGAAGAACAGUCCCGUCCUUGACCUGGACGGCAACCCAUCCCCACAACAGCCACAGGUGCGACUGCGCAGUGAACUUAUCAGCGUUCACGUCGCGGCUCCCACCAGCCCUUCGUUCGUGGAAACGACUCGACGCAUCACGAGUCCUCUUAAGCGUCGUCCUACCACCAGCAAGGUACCUUCAGGAGGAAAAGGUGGCUCCACCGCCGCUGCACCGGCGGCAGGGGGCAACAAGUGCUCCAGCGCCAGCAGCGGCAGCACGGGCACCCACUUGCCCACCUUCCGGCAGCGGCAGCUAGAGCUUCACCGUUACCGCGUCCUCAUUGAGCGACGGCGCUUGGAUCUCCUCGAGUUGAAGAUAGCACGCGAACGGGAGGAGACCCUACACAGCGAACUUCUCUUUCACAAGGACCUGCAGAUCAAGGAGAACAUGAUCAAGGCUUAUGAGGACAACGACUGUUCGAACGCAUAGAAAUCCAAAUUCCCAUCGGCACUCUGUUUGGGGACGAAAUUCAUGGUGGUUUUCAAAGUUCACAAUGGCCGUGGUCGCAGUAGUUCUAAAUUCUCAGUUCAAAACCUUCAGACAGAUAAAUACCAAUAACAUUAAUAUCUAUAGGUUCCCCCA